AUGCACCGCAUCUCUUCCCUCGAUGAGCUGUUGCAGCACGUGGAAUCACUCUCUCAUCACAGCCGGUGCGCGACUCUCGUAGAGUUUGGCCGCUGCAGCAUCACUGCAACAGAGCGAGACCCAAGGGAUUUUCAGAAUGUCAUUACAACGCUCGGCGCCCCGUCGCAAGGGCACUACCAGCACUUUCUUGCUGCCUGCGCGUUGUGUGGCGCCUUUGCAGAGACCCAAAGAGUCGGGCGGGCCAUGCCGGCCGCACUGCUAGCGACGGCAUCGUCACUGCUGGAGGAUGCGUCUCUCAAGGUGUCGCAGCUCCUGAUGACGUCCAUGCUGAUCUCGACCCCAAACGACGACCAGCAAAGUGCAGCGAUGGCAAUCAACUUUCUACAGGGUGCCCGACUUCCUCAGUUCAAGUGCUUGGUCACCCGACUGGCGCGAGCCCAGCGAACACAGGUGCUCCUGCGGCUCUACCAAACGCACACAGUGACGGGCCGCGCCAAGACGCAGCUGCUACUCGGCUCCUUGAGCCCGGAAGCGUUCGAGCAGCUGCCGAAAGAAGAGCAGGCUGCUCUUGAUAUCGGGGCACUUCGUCUCUUGUGUCGCCAUCAUCCUCAGUGGGUAGCGCAGUACUUGACGGCUCGGGUACACGAGCAGGUGAGCCUCAACAGAACUGUGGAUGCGGCGCUGAAGGAGCUGGUUCAGAAGGCGCACGUGUUUCUCGCCACCCGCGGCGCAUUGAAAGACAGCCUCUCCCUCUUCACUGUCACCGCGCACCUUCUCGGUCUGAACCAACCCACUCUGCAGACUGUGCUGGAAAGCUACUACAUCUCCGCCUUUCCGGUGGAAAUCGGCCACUAUCUGCUCGAGGGAGAGGGUCGGCACAUGUUGGAAACCUUUUCGGAACCCUUGAACUGCCUGAUAUCGCGCCGGGCCUGGAGGCGCCUCAACGGACACACGGACCUCCUCCUACGGCUGCUGAACAAGAACAUUCUCUCCAAUGAGCCCGUUGACCUGCUGAACAUGCUUCCGGAAGCGCGGCGCGCCUACUUUUCGCGGACCUGCAAGGAGCUGCAGGACACUCGUGGAGUUCCGCAUAUAAACUGGCUUUACUGCAUGCCAUCGGCGGCUGAGCGCACAGCCUUCGCCCACCGCUUCUACAAUCACGCGAAACUGCAAGACCUCCCGAGCGAGCGCAUCGAAUACCUUUCUUUCCUGCCGUUCCCGGAAGCGAUGCUGAUCGGGGCGGCGUACGUGGCCAGCAAAGACGUUACGAUUCGGUCCCAGCUGAUUCGUGCGUGCCUUGGCUCCCUCAAGUACUACCCCGAGCACCUGCCAGCGGCCCUCGCGUUUUGUGUGCAGCGGCCAAAGGAGCAGGAUUUAUGGCGUCGAGAGAUGUUCAAGGCGUGGGCGGCGCUGCCACACGGCUUCUGGAGGCGUACGGCGACGCACAUUUCCGAUGACAUCCUGCAGGACACGCUCACACAGCUCAUCCAAGCCGCCUACAACGCCAAAGACAUGUCUGACCGCACUCUGCGAGCGCUAGAGAAGCUUCUCUUCCGCCUCGUUGGGCCGAAGACAAACUUUGCUGUCAGCCAACUUGCCACGCUUAUCCGAAAGCGAAAAGAGUUCACUGCCUGCAAUGCGGACUGUGAUGACUUUCUCCAGUUAGCUCAGUUAUACCCGCGCGCUGUACCUGUCCUGGCGGCGUUACUGCUUCCGCUGGCGCAGACGCUGCUAGGCAGCAACAGCAUGUGGGCGACUAUACACAUCCUGGAAUCCCUUCUCAACAACAAAACCGUCGUCAAAGUACUUCGGCGAGAGGCGCCUGUGCCGAGCAACGGUGAGCCCGAGAUUUGGUCUAUCGUGCACGACGUGCUAAAAGCCGGUAUGUCUUCCACAGACAACGGGGUGGCGAAGGUUUCCUUGCGGCUCUACGCCAGACACUUUGCACCGCAACUGGCGGCUGAGCUGCCGGCCCUCAUCGCCCAACGGAAAGACUGGGUUACUGUCAGCAGGGUGCAGCGCCUGGUGUGCGACGUUCUGCAGGGACCGCUGUUGGAUAUGCUCGUGAUGCCCAUCGAGAACAUCCCCACCGGUCGCUUCUACCACGCAAGCGGCAAGUCGCUCCCGUUUGUGUGUGAGCUGCCGGUGGAGAACGCGCACCGGUGGACGUCUCGUCAGCAGAUCCGGUACGCGCAGUCUUGCCUGCAAGCCAUAUACACCCCGCUUGUUUUGGAGGCUUUCCAAUGCCGCCGGUUUAUUAAGAAUCUCGCCAGGCUGCCGUACGUAUCCGCCACGACAAGUUGGACGGACGCAAAUGGAAGCGCACGGAGUUUGCUCACCUUGGCAACAGAGGCGCAUCCUGAGCAUGGGGAGUAUGCGAUGCGGUUUGCGCUGCAGGCACUCGGCCAGCUGGACGGCGAUGCCGCAGCCGUGCAAGCCCUACAGAAUGCGCUAGAUGUGGCGGACCAACGCAUGGACGCACUGCGAGCACUCGCCACGACACUGCGGCGCGCGCCAAGCGUCGAGGCGGUGCGCAUUCUCGAGCCAGUCCUCACGGGGAAGCAAGUGACAGCGCAGAAGGAGGCACUUGGCCUUCUUUGCGCGAAGCGCGACAACGUGGCGUACGCGCGUAUCGUCCAGUUUGCCGCCGAGCGUCAUCUACCCAUGCCUGCAGAAGAGGACGGCGACUGUACCGGAGUCGCGGCACUUUCUGCAACAGCUACUAGGGCGCCUGGGUCGACGGAGAAGGCUGUGCCGGCUAUGCACCGCGAUGUGCGAGCUGCCUUAGUGACCGCGCUCUUCAACUUUCUUGACAAACCGCAGGUGUGGUCAUACUACACCUUCAUUGUAUCGCACGACCAAGUGGCAGAGCAAUGUGCGGUGGGUGCCGCGGAGCCAGCUACCCAUGCAUGCGAAGAAAGCGGUGGUGACACGGAUGAUUGGAGCACGGCCGACUCUUAUGAGGAGAAACAAGUGACCACGCCAUCCUCAGCGGCUUGUGUGGCUAUGUCGACCCUCCCGUGGGCACUCCUCCGGCUGCCGUGGCAGGUGCGGGAGUACCAGCUGCUUCUUCGACGGCUUCUCCGCCACCCGGUGCGCGACGUUCGCGUCUCGGCACUGCACAAGCUCGCCACAGUGCCGCCGUACGACGACCUGGCGCUGUGCAAAGCGAUUGCAGAGUACCUGGAUGCGUGCACCUCGCCGGAAAUCGUUCAGUCUGCGCUCCGAUGCAUGCUCAGGUGCACCGCCGCGGAAGCGGCACCCUUUCUCAUCUCUUCCAUCCUCACCGUCCAGCCAGACGCGUCCCUCGAGAGUGUGGCUAAUGUGCUGUGUGGAAUCAUGAGAUGCGCUGCGGCGCACGAGCACAAGAUGCUGUGCACUGUUGCGACUGAAGUUGUGGAGCAACUCAUCGCGGCCCGCCGCCAGCCAACGAUCGCGGUCUCGCUGAUUUUCGAAUUGGACAUCUCGGAGUGGGUGCCGCGGCUAACGGAGAUGGAAGGAGCUGGGCUGAUGCAUCCUGGUGCAGCAGCAGCCGUGAUCAGAGCAGUAGAAGGCGACUCCUCUUCCAUCCGUGACACGGAUGCCGCGGAGAGACUGGAGCAGGCAGUGCUGAGGAGGCACCCCUCUGCCCUUAUGCGCCGUCUCGGCUUGGCAAUUCUUCUCGAAUCAUGCGAAAAGCGCGGCUGGAGUGAGGAUCGUAAACUGUCCCUGGCAGUGUACUGCAAAGACACGGACCUGUGGGUCUCCUCCGAUGCCCGUAUCGUACGGCAGGAGUAA